AUGCCUUCCAUUUCAAAUGAACGAAUACCUGCAAGAGAUCUUUGGUUGUCUACCGGAGGCGGCCUUCCUGAAGAUGCUCUCUCUUCCCUGACUUUGAGCAAGGAGCCUGAUUGCGCAAUAAAUUCAUCAUUCAAGAUAGGGAGUGCUGCUCAAACUACCAUCGGACUUGCAGGACUUUCUGCAUCUUAUUUUCAUGAGUUACGGACAGGAGUAAAACAAACUGUCUUGGUGGAUGCUCGACAUGCCGUUCUUGAAUUUCGAAGUGAAGCCUAUUACAGUCUCGAGAAUCGACCCCCGGGAUCUAUCUGGGACACAAUUGCAGGACUAUACAAAACCAGGGAUGCUAAAUUUAUCAGAGUGCAUACUAAUUUUCCGCACCAUCGUCGUGGUAUUCUGAGUAUCUUGGGCUUGAGUGACUCCCCAGAUCUCACGAGGAAUCAUGUACAAAAGGCAUUUCUGCAAUGGGACGCCGACGCAUUUGAAGAGAAAGCUGCAGAGUCUGGAAUGUGCGCUUUUGUAUCGAGGACUUUCGAGGAGUGGGACCGACAUCCACAGGGACUAGCCUUGAAAAAUGUUCCCCCCGUCACUGUUACAAAGAUCGCUGAUGCUCCGAAACGACAAAUUUCGUUUUUGUCUUCAUAUGAGCAUCCUCUUCAGAAUGUCAAGGUCUUGGAUCUUAGCAGAGUCUUGGCUGGGCCUGUUGCAGGGAGAACCUUGGCUGCUCAUGGGGCUGAUGUACUACUUGUAACAUCUCCCAAACUCCCGGCGCUCCCCGCCCUUGAUGUCGACACAUCGCGCGGGAAACGAACUACACAACUUGAUCUCACUUGCCCAGAGGACAAAGAGAAGCUACAGAAGCUUAUACUUGAUGCUGACGUCUUUCUCCAAGCCUAUCGACCUGGCGCUUUGGAAGGUAAAGGGUUUGGCACUCAUGAGAUUGUCAAAAUGAAGGGAGAUCGUGACCAUGGUAUAAUUUGUGCUAAUCUUUGUGCAUGGGGCUGGGAUGGUCCAUGGAAGAGCAGACGAGGGUUUGAUUCUUUAGUGCAAACGGCUACAGGAUUCAAUACAGCAGAGUCUCAAGCUCAUGCCGAAUCUCGAAACAGUCCGUCUGUUAUACAGUUACAGCCGAAACCGUUCCCGGUCCAAGCACUGGAUCACGCCGCUGGAUAUCUCAUGGCGUACGGGAUCAAUGUUGCUCUAUGCAAAACCAUCAACGAGGGUGGCUCGUGGGAAGUCCGCGUAUCGCUCGCCGCCGUUGCGCAAUGGCUCAGAUCGUUGGGUAGAGUAUCCCCUGAGGUAGGAUUUGGGGAAACAGCCAAAACAAUGCCUGCUGUUACAUGUCCUCCUAAUGAUGAGGUCAGGAGCUUAUCCUCGGAAUGGCCGCAAUCUGGUCGUUCGCCGAAUGAAAAGAAGAUGACCGCUUUGAGGCAUGCAGCUAUUCUGUCUGAAACACCUGCGAUGAACGGGGACAAGGGGACAGCACCUAUCGUUCUCAAUUCCUCUCCGCCUCAAUGGUAUAAUCAAUGUCGAGUGAUAUGUCGAGAAAUAUAA